UAAUAAAGUUGAUCAUCUUUUAAAAGAGGUAGACGAUCUAAAAAAAGAUAUUUUAAAAAAUGAAGAAAAAUUCAAAAAAAGUCAAAAGAAUUAUCUACACAAAAAGAAUUCAAGAUCAAAACGAAAAUUAAACGAAGAAGAAAGAAAAGAAGAAAAUAAUUUUGAAUAUAAUUUUUUUCCAUUAAAUAAUUUUGUUUCAAAUAUGAAAAAUUCAUUGAAGAAACGAAAUUUAGAAAAUGUUGAAAAAAUCAUUGUCUAUAGGGACAGGGAAAAAUUAAAAAAAGACACAAAAUUUGAAUCAAAUCGAGAUAAAAAUACUAUUAAUUCUAAUUUAUAUUUAAAUUCAAAUUAUUCAAAAAUUUCACUAAGUGACGAAACACUGGAAAAAAUUGUUUCUCUUGUUGCCAACAAGGCAAUGAAGUCAAUAAAUAAUUCUCACUUGGCUUCGAAAGAUUUAACUAUUAUCGUAAAAGUCAUUCAACCAAUUUCACAUGAAAAACAAUUUGAAGAAUUUAAAUCUCAAUUUCAAUUUGAUUUAUCUGAAAUCGUUAAAAAAGCUAAAGCCAAUUAUUUUGAAAAGCGAGAAAAUUUUCCAUUAAAUGAAAUUAAAAUAAAAAAAUAUCCAUCAGAAAGGGAAAAUUUUCAUAAAUCAUUUGAAUAUAAAAAUGAAAGAAAAAUGAAUCUUCCUGAAAAACCAAUUUCAAAAAGAAAAUUUUGGCAUGAAAAAAUGAAAAAAGAUGAAAAUAAUAAAAUAUUUUCCCAAAUAAAAAAAGAAAUUUUAAAUGAAUUAAAAAUGAAACUCGAAGCAAAUGAGAAAUUUAAUUUUAUUGAUAAAAGAAGAAAGAAAAGUGGGAAAAAUUUUUUAAAAAAGAAAAGAAUGAUUCAAGAAUUUGCUGAUAAAUUGAAAUCUCCUAAAAAUUUGCAAUCAAUAAAGAAAAAAAAUUCAAAAUCAAAAAGAAAGGCAAAAAUUAAGAAAAUUGAAAAUAAUAAAAAAUUAGAUUACAAUUUUAAAAAUAUUCCA